CCUACCCUCUUAUGCUCUCAACUCUCUCUCUCUCUCUCUCUAACUCAAUCACUCUGCUACCCUCUCUUUUCCCCUCACUCUCUCUUAGGGUUUCUCCGCAUUGACGAGCUUUCGGAGUCAAGCUCGUAGUAGAUGGCCCCAGAAUACUUGGUGAGGGAAGAAGCGAAGACUAUUGCUAUGGCGUCACCAUUUAAGCCAGAUGUAUUGAAGGGCAAGGUUGCUCUUAUCACAGGAGGAGGCUCAGGAAUUGGAUUCGAAAUAUCCACGCAAUUCGGCAAACAUGGUGCCUCCGUUGCCAUCAUGGGUCGUCGCAAGCAAGUUCUCGACUCUGCUGUCUCUGCUCUUCAAUCACUUGGAAUUCCGGCUAUUGGAUUUGAGGGGGAUGUUCGCAAGCAAGAAGAUGCAGCAAGAGUUCUGGAAUCGACAUACAAGAAUUUCGGAAGGAUUGACAUUCUUGUGAAUGCUGCAGCCGGAAAUUUUCUAGUGUCAGCAGAGGAUCUCUCUCCUAAUGGAUUUCGAACAGUUAUGGAUAUUGAUUCUGUGGGAACAUUUACAAUGUGCCAUGAAGCUCUAAAGUAUCUAAAGAAAGGAGGAGUUGGAAGGGGCUCUUCUGGUGGGGGUACAAUACUGAACAUUAGUGCUACCCUACACUAUACGGCUUCUUGGUAUCAAAUUCAUGUGUCUGCAGCUAAGGCAGCUGUUGAUGCCACGACAAGAAACUUGGCAUUGGAGUGGGGAAGUGAUCAUGACAUAAGAGUGAAUGGGAUUGCACCUGGUCCAAUAGGUGACACUCCUGGCAUCAGUAAACUGGUUCCUCAAGAGAUAAAUAGCAAAGCCAGAGAAUUCAUGCCUUUGUAUAGACUUGGGGAGAAAUGGGAUAUUGCCAUGGCUGCUCUCUACCUCGUAUCAGAUGCAGGAAAAUUUGUCAAUGGUAACAUUGUGAUAGUGGAUGGAGGACUUUGGCUGAGCAGGCCACGUCAUCUAGAAAAAGAGGCAGUGAAGCAGAUUUCAAGAGUUGUUGAAAAGAGGUCCAGAAAUGCUCCAGUUGGUGUUCCAAGGAGCAAGAUGUGAUUUUGUUGGAAGCAUGUUGGCCCAUCUUUGCAAUAGUUAAUUAGUAUCUUAUAUAUAUAUAUAUAUAUAUAUAUGGAAAGAAUGAUAUAAAAGUCUCAAAAAUAUCAAUUAAUUCAAGUGAGGCUUCAAGUACUAAAUUUUAAAAAUUUGCAACUCAAUCUCUCAAUUUUGCAACUCCGUUGUGAUGAAUUUAUAAUUUGUAUUUUAAAUUUUAACAGAAAAAAUAUUUUUUUAGUCUUUAAUUGAGUUAAAAUUUAAAAAAUAAAUUAUAAAUUCAUCAUAAUGUAGUUGUAAAAUUGAGAGAUUAAGUUAUAAAUUUUUAAAAUUUGACAGGGACUUAAAUUAAAAGGGAUCUCUUUGUUAUUUCCCCUAUAUAUAUGAUCUGCUAGGUAGUGUUGGUGCUUA